GUUGAAUUCUGCAGGCAAACGCGCGGUCAUAAGACUCUGUUAUCCAGUGUUGCGGACGUCUGCAGGCAAUGCUGCAUUUUCCUGGCUGAUAACUUUCAUACAUUUGUCAGUCUUUAUCUUACUGGAUAUCGCCCACGGCGCCUGGACCAAUAGCCAUACCAGCGGCUGCUUCGUGUGUUUCUCCAGAUAUGGCGUCCGGCACGCUUCCACUCGAUCAACAAGCAUUCGCUGGCUCUAAAUUGGAGUUCACUCAAACUCAAGUCUCGCAAAAUGAGGAGGAACAAGCGUUGGAGAUUCAUGAGGUCAUUGAGCUUCAGGCAUUCAGCGAGCGGAAAGCCUGGAUAGAAGAUAAAAUUAAGUUCUUGGAGGCACUUUCGCCCGUCCAGGUUUUCGUCGGGCUGGGCGCUAUACGAACCUCUGCAGAAGACAUCCCUGGUUUACCCACGCGCGAACAGCUUCAGGAAUGGCUUGCAGAACACGACAGGAUUGAGAAAGAGACGGAAAUUUUUGAUUCUGGGGAGCUUAAGAAACUUAGGGCACUAACUAAAGCGGCUACACAGCGGCAUCUGUCACCAGAAGAUACUGAUGUUAUCGAACUCACCCUUACGACCAUCUAUGAACUCGACAAGCUCCUCCACCUUUUGCGGGACCGCUCCGAAAACCUUGAUCUUUUGGGCAUCAGGCUGACGUGGGAAGAGCAACGCCGCGCAGCUUGGAGUGACCGCCAGAAGAUACUUGCAGACAUCGAAAAUUUCCUCACUACUCGUGCUAGAUGGUCGCCUUCCAUCUAUGAAUUCAUGGUUAAACCUGAAGAAAAGCCUUCAAAUCGUCGCGGCUCUGUCGCUUCCAUGGCUUCAGAUACGUCUAUUACAUCUAAUGCUGGUUUCUCUCGCAGCGCCCGUUUCAAGCUUGCAGAACUUCUGUCACGGGAUUCGGCACAUUUUGCAGGCAGGGUGUCGUCUCUUAGGCACGGAAAGGUUGCUGCAGCCGGCAAAGCUCUGGACAAGUUGAUAGACAACAGUCGCAGGGCCGUUCCUGAGGAGCUACUGGAUGAGCAGGACAAACUCGAAGACAAAGGCAUCAACGAGAUGGAACACGUCGGCAAAUUUGUCAUGAAUGUUGUUACACAAUGGCGGAAAGCUGAUGAAAUCUACGUCGAGACAAUGAAGGAUGAGAACGCCGCCCGAAACCUUUUGGAAGAAAUCGAGAUCUCGAAGCUUUAUCACCCGACGUACCGCCAGAGUACCAGCUUCCUUUCCCGUGCAGAGACACUGGUGAAACGGCUUGCUGUGAGGGGCAAUCCUAUUGCAAGUGGUGGCACCUUCCCGCGACCCCAACACGUUCUCUUUCCUGAUCAACAGUCAGCUAAUGAAGCCAUCAGCCAAAUCUUGUCCUCAGAACUUGCUUCCACUUCGGAUCUCGUUGCCAAAGUUGAUUCCCUUGCCAAGGAGUACAGAGUUGGUUAUGAAGCUGUUAAGGAUGUCGAGUCCUUGUCCCGGUCUGCUGAUGAAUUAAUGUCAAUCUUCAAGUCCGCCAUUGAUCGCCUCGAAAAUGGAGUCGCUGGCAGUGAUGGUGACGGCACCCCUCCUAGUCUCAUGUCGGAAGAUUGUUUGUAUCCUACGGCGCAUUCCGCAUUCAUCACUUUCCUACCAUCAAUCACUCAAGAGGUGGAGCAAUCAUGCACUCGAGCCGACCAUCUACUGCAAGCCUUUCGGGUGGCACUUCUCAAUGUGGAGCGACCCGGUAUUGACCAAACAUUCAAGGACAAUGCUGCUGCUCAGGUUGAGGCUUUAGUUGCUGUUCGCGACAAGGCUGCUGCCAUUUGCGCUGACGUGAACUCAAGACUCGGCAGACUCCGUGUAGCCAGGAGAGUUUGGUCGAUCAUGGAUACUGUUCUCAAUGAACUGGAGGACACACGCUUGGAGGUUGCCGACCUGAUGGAGAGAGAAAGAUGGAAACAGACCAGUCAAAGUGCAGAACCUUUGACCCCGGAGACGCCACCUCAAUAUGUCCUUCCUGCACCCUCAGUGUCGUCUAGCGACAUAGUGGGUCGUUUAGAGGUUGUUCACCAGACCCUCACAAAUGACGUGAUGCAUCCCCUGGCUACCUUAACUGAAAUGCUCGAGAAACCCCUUGACGAAUUCCUCUCUCGUACCUCUGAAGGAUUAUUUGGUCACUUGGACAAUUUGAAGCAGAUGGUCGUCCUCCUGGAUGCUAUUCAGGCACAAUCUGCAGCUAUGACCUCCUUUCAGGACAGCGUUCACGACCUCCAGGUUCGAGUUGAGGACCUCAAGAUCCACUAUGAUGCCACUAUCGAAGAAGUUCUCAAUGACCAACUUUGUGGGGAAAGCUUGGGUAACGCGCAGGAUCAACUAAAGGACGAGUCGGAUGCACUCCGUAGUACUGCAGACGCAUUUACGAACACCGUGGCUCAGCGGAUACCAUUCCUCUCUCAACAUGUCUCUGAUCAAAGGGACACACCUACCCUAGUUCGGAAAAGGUUUUCAUCGACAGGGAACAUAAGACCCAUCGCAUUCGAUGUACCAGCCACCGUCGAACCUCCCUUUACGUUGCGCAGCCUCGAUGACGCCGUCCGAAGAGACUCCAAUUCGCUAGUCAUGCGUCUCUUAGGAAAUGUGCAAAGCCUCGAGCAGAAGACUGAACAUCUUCAGCUGGCACGCAUGGCUAAAGAUGCUGAUUCUGAAUUGAUCUCGGUAGCUGAUGACCUGCGUGGUGUCACUGAAGAGCUUAGCUCGUUGAGAACACUACUGGACUCUAUCUCUCGAGCAGAUGAGAAGCUUACUCCGCUGCAAGAUCUAUCGGAGGAGCUCGACAGACAUUCAUCGCAACAUCGUUCUCGCCUAUCACGCCGCCUCUCACUGAUCCGUGAAUCAUUGCGCCGAAUGGAGUCCGUACCUUGUUCGCAUGAUCAUCGUAUCUACGAGACUCUCAUCAUGUCACGAAGAAGGGAGGUGGAUAACCUUGAGGUCAAAUUGAAUACCUGGGCCGAUGAUGCAGCUAUGUUUCGGGACAAGCUGUCGGUUGCGCUCACCACGGAGGCAAAACGUAUCGAGGCAAAACUCAAAGAGGAACAAGAAGCGGAAGAGAGAAGGCGUCGGGUUGAACUCGAACGCAUAGAGGCAGAGGCGAGAGCCAAAGAAGAGCAAGAGCGUAUCGAUGCGGAGGCCAAGGCCAAAGAAGAGGACGAACGCAGAGAGGCAGAGGCGAGAGCAAGAGAACAAGAACGCAGAGAGGCGGAGGCAAGAGUAAGAGAAGAAGAAGAAGAACGCAGGGAAGCGGAGGCGAUAGUAAAAGAACAAGAACGCAGAGAGGCAGAGGCAAGAGCAAGAGAAGACGAAGAACGCAGAGAGGCGGAGGCAAGAGCAAGGGAAGAAGAAGAAUGCAGAGAGGCUGAGGCAAGAGCAAGAGAAGACGAAGAGCUCAAAAAGGCGGAAAUGCUAAGGAUCGAGAAGGAGCUGCAUGAACAACAGGCGCGGGAAGAGCGUUUGGAAGCCGAGCGACAGCAGGCCGAACGCAAACGUCUUGAAGCUGAGGCUCAAAGAAAGGCGAGCAUUCAGCUACAGGAAACCGAACGUCAUAAAAGAGAUGAAUCAGGACCAUUUGAAGACGUAUUUGGGUUGCGAAUUGCUCCUUCUCCAUCACCGACGAAAACCCAUCAGAAAGAUGAUCUGCUGGAUAAGGUCGUCUCGUUGAGGAAACGACUUCGUUCUAUCGGCAUCAACGAGGUCGCACGUCCCACAGCUAACUCGAAUUCUUCCAAUCAUCUACCAACUCUGGAGCAAUAUGGGAAGAUGAAUGCUCUCUUUGUGACCAUAGUCUCUGAAUUGUCCGAACUUGCUGCACUGCCUUCUUCGAUGACAUCCCCUGCUGCAGAUAUGGAGUUGCGAUCGGUACAUUCGGAAGUCAAAGCAUCCACCGAAUUGAUGCAACGAAUUCGACAAUUGGCCGACCUAUCUGAUGUCGCCCAUCGUUGCGAUAUGGCUCUUAGUGAUCUGCUUGAGCACAUUGACAGCUACCCUUCUCCUCCUGCUGGACCACUUUCUAGCACGCAUGUCUCAACCUCUCGUUUACCCCCAGAGGAACAACUAAAAGCUCGGCUUGGUUUCACGAGGCGCACUGUUGCUCAAGUAACGGCAUACAUAAAUUCGGUCGAGGAUGAUGCUCGUGCUAGUUCUGAACAUCAACGCGUUCAGCAGACAUGGGUCGAGUUGGAAGAAAUGGCCAACGAUAGGAUCAGCGGCAGGAAAUCCCGUCCUGCUAGUGUCCUCAGCUCUGGUAGGAAUAGCAGUGCAUCUGGUAUCAGCUCUGGAGCGACUGGUCACACUAGGAAGGCCAGUGGUUAUUCCAGUCUCUCAGUAAGAGGAUCGGCGAAUGGUCGUUUCCUAACUCCAGCCCAUCCAAGCCCCCGCCGAGUAGCGUCUGGCGAUUUGCAAACCCGAUCCCGACCGUCCAGCAAACUUUCUAUGCUAUCUACCGCUAGCAUGUCAAGAUCAGUAUCACUGGCAGGGCCGAUGGCAACGCCUUCAUCAUCAUCUUCUCUGCACGGUUCAACCUUUGCAUCUCGUCAACGUACUGCUAGUCUCUCUGGUCAUGCACCUCCCGGCACACCGACGAAACCACCUCCAGUUCCUACCCGUCCCCGGGCGCAGACACGUUCGAGAGCCUCCCCCACACCCUCUGAAGUUUCCGUCAUCGCGCGAUCCACCGCAAGUCACUCAAGGUCAUCUUCAUCCAUGUCUACGUGGGCCCGCGCGCCGCGACAGUCAUUCCCCACAUCAAACAAAAUCCAGACGCCCCCAAAGAAAACGCAGCCACAAACGCGAAAAACCUACGUUGCUAAUCCCAAGAAUAAGUUGGAUGUCGCAGUUGGAGACGUUGUCAAUAAAUUACCCGUCAAUAUCAAUAUCGAGGUGGUUGCCGACACUUGGAAGGAUCAAAGCGGGAAGUACUGGAUUGGUGAUCAAGAGCCAAAGCUAUGCUUUUGUCGCAUAUUGCGCUCGCAGACUGUUAUGGUGCGUGUUGGUGGUGGUUGGCAAGAAUUAUCAAAGUUUAUCAAAGAUCACUUCGCAGAUAUGUUUCGUAUCAUACCUCCAGAGUCUCCUCCCAAAUUCGGCUCUCCCCGCUUUGGAUCUCGAGAAGAAAAGUGGAUUAGCUCUGCGACUUUGCUUGAAGCGCCUGAAAUUGUGACUACUCCUCCCCCUUGCACCCCCGAACCUAGAGGUCCUUUCCUUCCUUCCUUCACCAUCUCGACUCCAGGAGCACAUAGCUCACAUUCAGUGAAGUCCACGCCAUCAUCGGGGUCUCCGUUGGCUCCGCUUCAAUUUCUGAGGCGAGCGGAUCCUGACGCAAUGCGCCCAGUAACGCCGUCGAAACCACAUCGACCUCGAAAAAGCAUUCCUAACACCCCAGCUCGGCAUAAUCUAUGGAGACCAUGAUAACUUACAGCUUUUUCUACUCGCAUAUUAUUGGACUGACUCUACUCCCGAUACCUUCCUCAUCUACUCUUAAUUAGACAUUCGUGUUUCAUGUAUCAAACACAAUUGCCGAUACCACCAGUCACUCCGCUUUUUGCUAUGUAUUCGUUUUGUUGUUUAGGCUUUGUUGUUGGAACUACAGUAGUUUCCUUUUAUGAACAAUUUUAAAUCAAAAGCAACCCCGGGCCUGGCCAGGGUUCAC